CUUCAAGUCAAAGUAAUUGGCAAAGCUGAAUGUGUGAAAUGUCUUGAGAAAAUUUUUAUAUUGAGCGAAUCCACGCUCUCCUGACUUUCUAACGAUGAGCUGCAUUGGGAGUAUAGGGGACUGAGUAGAAUGGUUGAAUCUCCUGAAAUUGAAAUAUUCAAUGGAUCGAUAUAAGAAAAGCGCAAGAACUGGCAAAACCAAAAUCAAAUGCUUCAUUCAACCUAAUUUUUUAUGCCUUAUAUAACGAAACGAGCUUUAAGUCGUUUCCAAAAUUUUUCGUUUUUCGAAACACAAAAACGAAAAAGGAAUAGUAAAUGGUACUUAUCUUAGGACAAUACAAUGAAAAAAUAGAGAAAUAACCUGCUAUUUAUAAUUUCUCUGAUUUUCGUCUUUCAUAGGCGUUUUAUAAAAUGACUAAAACGACCCGAUCAAGAUGACAAAGCGUCAAGGAGGAAUGGCAAAUUAACUGUAAAUAUUGGAAUCCAUUAGUCAUCAAUUUUUCUUUUUAUCUAAUUUUUAGAAAUCUUUCUAUGAAGAUUCCUUCCUUUCUCAUCGUCUUCAUGCCGCUUUCUGCUACUAUUUUUCACCCAUGUUGUGCUGGUAGUAUUUCACUGAAUUUUUUCUCUUUAAUGCGAAAAAAUGGGGUUCGCUUACAGUUCAAUAGAAUAUCAUUUAAAGAUAUUCUAUUAGUUACCUCUUUAUGAUGCUCCUUACCUGUGUCACCAACAGAGGUUGCAAAACGGCAACAUUAGGCACUUUUACUUCUAAUAGUCACUUUAAAUCCAUCGGUGAAUUUGUUAACGUUUGUUUUUUGAUUCUUUCUUGGUUUCAUCGAUCCUUGUUUAGAACAUUUGCUAGAAAUUUAGGAAGUAAUCGUAAAGGAUAGAAACCUCUCACAAAACUUAUGAAAGUGCACUUUUUGUUUUUUAUGUUCCAUUCUCUCUCAAUCUAAUAUUGUUACCAAAUUUUCAUCACCAAAGGUGGCAUUUCCCUGCUCAAUAUAAAAACCAUCGAUUUUUUAUUUCUAUUUCUCGCAAAUAAGCCUAGGGUACAACUCUGCGUAUAAAAUUCAAUGGAUAAUUUAAGAAAACGCGUUGUAAACUAUACUACGAAAAACGACGAAUUCAAUGAGGAUGAUGCUACUCCUCUCAGUCGACAAGAACAAGAAGCUUUUGUUGACCAUCUAAGACUUACAAAUGCCAGAGAUAAUCGAAUGUUUUCUAUUUUGUUUUCCUUUUUGUUUCUUAUUCUAGCAGUACCUAUUCUCCUGUACCCAGAAACCCUUUUCUUCAAAAUGGUUGAGGUCUUUAUCCUUGGUUCUUGCGCCUUUAUUAUGUAUUUUUUUCCUACAAACUAUACUAUUAGCUCGUCCAAGACCCCUUUCGCAUGGAAAAUAUUGCUUUAUUGUAAUAUCGCUCUCCCAGGGCUGGUUUACCUUCUGACAAUUCACAAACAAAAAUCCGUUCUGAGUUCAUUCUUUUCUUUACGAUUCCUUGCACUGGCUGUUUCUGUUUUUACAGAACUCACUCGCUAUUCUAUGUAUUCUGCUGCUUUAGGUGUAGAAAGGUUGGACAACAUGCGAUUUGCAUAAUUGGAUUCAAUUGAUUUUCCUGUUUUCGUCCAUGAAAACUAUGCAAUAGUUGUUUCAACUGUUACUUAUCAUGUCAGCCUUUUACAGCUUCAUUUCAUGAAAAGAAUGGAUCUUUAAAAUAGUUCCUCAUGUGUAUACGCUUACCACGACUAUUUAUUACCAUUACCAAAGAAUAGAAUCUAUCAGCAAAUGUCACCUUGAAUAUACAUAGACAUGAAAGACAUUUUUUUCAUUUAUUUGUACAUACAAAGAAAAUAUACAACACGUUAUGCAACUAACAUAGAAAAAAU